UAUCGAAGUGGGCUAUUCUUAUGGGGAUAGGGUACCCAUUCCAUCCACUUCACCUCAAGCAGCGAGAGAUGUACACGCAUUUCUUACAAUAUGGUUUGAGAACUUUGCUAAGUUUAAGGGGAGACCUUUUCAUUUUGCCGGAGAAUCCUAUGGUGGAAGAUAUAUCCCGGUGUUUGCGAGUCAUAUUUGGGACCGCAAUCAAGUCGCAGAAUCAGAGGGUAGGACUCCAAUAAACCUUCAAUCUGUGAUGAUCGGAAAUGGGUGGACUAAUCCUGCAUUGUGCGUACAACCUACCGUCAAGGGUGCGAGUCUCAUAACUUACAGGGUCUUUGGGUCAUAUUAUGAUAUGCUCUGCAAGAACUCGACGGCGGCCGAGUGUGAAAAGAGGAUUAAGACCAGCUGUGGUCGGAACUAUAACGUGUACGAUUGUAGAGCAGCUUUCAAUUACUGUGGAGCAGAGCUGCAAGAUACGUUUGAGCUCACAGAAACGUGUUUGAUAUUUCAAAACCUUGUCUCGAGAGGGAAAAAGGCGGAUUGUGCUAUCCUGAAAUGGGCCAG